CUCCUCCGCCUGUCUAUCCAUCCGUCCGCCGGUCUACUGCCGUCUAUGUGUGUGUGUGUGUGUGUGUGUGUGUGUGUGUGUGGGAGAGAGAGAGUGUGUGUGUGUGUGUGAGUGAGUGAAGCGUCAUUCUCCUCCUUUCUUCCUUUCAGGGAACGCGCAUCACUUGAGAGAAACGGCGCCUGAGAACCAGAAGUUUCUUCUUCUCCUCUGUCGGCUCUGCUCCAUUCGCUCCGGUUUCCUCCACCCCCCUUCUUCCACGAUACUCCUCCGUUUUUUCCCCGGUUUCAUUUUUAUCCUCAUCCUCACUUUCUCUUUUUUUUCUCACACUCGAGGAGGACUCAGCCGGGGGUGUAGCAGCAGCGAACACAGGGCGUAGCUGGAGAGGAUUUGGCUAGCUCCGCCGCCGCACUGACCGGACCACAUCUUGCCGUCUUCAGAAAGCCUGUAGACCUUUGACCAUCCUGUGAGAUUUAAGUCCAUCAACCCUGCCCCGCAGAGACGGACAACUACCACUAAAGUGGAGAUGAAGCCGGAUGGGGUUGUCACGGCAGCGCUGGAGCCAAUGGAAACAUUGGAAUCCAAUCCAGUAAACGAGGCAGCACAGGAGCCCAACGAGGCAGCCAGUCCAGGUGGAGAGGAGAUGCCACAGCAACCUGCAGGGGAUAUGGGCCAGGUGGAACCCCAGCCAGACCAGGCCAAGGAAACCCCAGCUGCCAAGACCAACGACAAGUCUUCAGGAGAAUCCAAAGGCAAGACCACCAACAAGACCACAGCCAAGACAAAACCUGGCACCACCAGUCCGACCAAGACCACGACUGGCUCACGGCCCAACACAUCCCAGAGCCGCCUCUCAAAUGGCGUGUCCAAGCCCCAGACCAACGGAGUGGCUAAAAAGACCCCAACUGCUGCAGUCAAAAAGAGCACCCCGACCACAGCUCCCACCAAAAAACCAACAGGCCUGGCCGGAGCUCCAGCAUCCAAGAACAAAGUGGGUGAGAAGAAAGCCGCGGGGGCUGCUCCCACAACCAACGGCGCAAAGUCAGCAACCGGGACAACAGCAGCCAAGAAGACCUCGUCCACGCCCGUUAACGGUGUCAAAAGCAACAACACAGCUGCUGCUACUAAAAAGGCCCCAGCUCCCAAACCUGCCUCUGCGACCCCCACCAAGCCCAGCUCCACUGCCUCACCCAAGCCCCCUGUUUCCAAGACAACAAGGACUUCAUCUGGCACGGCAUCAUCUCGUCCUGCCACAGGCUCAACCCGACCACCCACUGCCAGCGCAUCCAAGAGCUCUGUAGCUGCAGCCAAACCUGCCACCCCUAAAACCUCCACCACUGCCAAGCCUGCUGCCUCCAAACCAACCUCCACUACACCCUCUGGUGGCAAACUUCCAGCAUCACAAACAUCCAGAAACACAACACCUGUGAAAAAAGAUGUUACCAAACCAGCCACUGCAGCAUCCAAAAAGCCUGCAGAGUCCCCCCUUACUCGCCCAUCCUCUGCAACUAAGUCGGCAAAACCUGAGACUCCCAAAUCAGCCUCGAAAUCAGAUGUCACCAUCAAAAAGGCUCCUGCUAAGGCUGCAGACACAAAGACACCCAACCGCUCCAAAACACAAGACAAUAAGACUCCUGCCAAGGAUGCUUCCAAGACACCUGGCUCCAAAGCGACCAAGACCUCCAGCCCCAAGAAAACUGUGGGCAGCAGCACCCCAGUUUCUGUGAAACGUGGCCCCAAAGCUGCAAUUCUUGCAGAACCUGCGAAGGAAGUCGCCACUGCUGUAGCUGCCACUGCAGCUAUCGCUACUGCAGCUGCUGCCAUUGUUGGGCCAGAGGAACCAGAACCUGCUGCACAACCAGCUGUUGAACCAUCUGCUACGCCAGAAAUGAUGUCCAAACAGACUGAAGCAUUACAAGAAGAAACUUCACCAGAACCAAUUCCUGCACCAGUGUUAGAAUCAGUGCAAGAACCAACACCAGAACCCGUACGGGAACUAACACCAGAACAUGUACGAGAACCAACACCAGAACCCAUACGUGAACCAACUCCAGAACCCAUACGUGAACCAACUCCAGAACCGGUGCGAGAACCAUCACCAGAGCCAAUACGGGAACCUACACCAGAACCUGUACAAGAACCAACACCAGAGCCGAUACGGGAACCUACACCAGAACCUGUACGAGAACCAACACCAGAGCCGAUACGGGAACCAACACCAGAGCUAGAACUAGAAACAUCUCCCGAGCCUGCUCUAGAGGUAUCAGCAGAGGAAGAUCUAGAAGCUGAACCGAUCUCCAGUCCCCAGCUGGACCUCAAAUUCGAGGAGUCUACAAAUGACUUGGUUCCUUCUCUGGGAACUACUGUCAUGUCUCCUCCUUCUUCCCCACCAGGCCCUGUUUCUCCAGUCCGGGAGCCUCAGAAUGCCUCUUCUCUGCUGGACACGGAUAUCCAGUCUGACCCCUGGGACAAGAGCGACGUCCAGGCUCCAUCUGACCUUGUCAACAGGAUGACCUUCCAGACAGAAGAGGAGACGGAGAAUAAAGAACAGUUUGGAGGAGAGAUGGAGGAGGAAGAGGAGGAGGAGGAGCAGGAAGAAGACAAGGAGAACCUGUUCAUGCCUACCUCCACAGCUCCAUCUGCAGAGGCCUUCAGUAUGAUGACACAACCUCAUAUGUUGGGUACCUCACCCAUGGAUGACUUCACCUCAGGGCCCCUGAUCUCCCCUCAUGAAAAGGAGGAGGCAGUGGAGAAGGCCGAUGAGGAGAUCAAUGAGGAUGAUGACGAUGAGGAGGAGGAUGAAGACGAGGAACAGAGAAGACUUGGUCAUCAACCUUUAUCCAUGGAGUUCCAAGUCAGGUCCUCAGGGUUUGGUGGUUCCGCUGGGUGGCACGGUGAUGACCUGCUGUCUGGGAUGGACUCUGAGGACAUGAGCAGCUGCACCAGCAGCCAGCAGCAGGGAGUUUCUGACCUCAGCAGCACCCAGCACACUGCAUUGUUAGAGGGCACCCAGAGCUCAGACGCCCUGAUCGACUCAAGCCUCCGUGGCUCUGAGGGAGACUGUAAUCUAAUGGGUUCUCCCAACGUGGAAACCCUGGCCAACGAGGAAGAGGAAGAUGAGGACGAAGAGGACGAGCGGGUGGAUGAUAUGGACCUGAGUUCAGAGAGGGUGGAGGAACAUCACAAAGUGUUCCAGCAGCAGGAACAAGACGAGGAGGAGGAGGAUGAAGAUGUAGAGAUGCACAGUGAAGGAGUGACGGAGAGCUGUGGGAAUGUAGAUGAAGAUGACUUUAAUGAGGAGGAGCGUUUAGACAACCUCAAUCGUUCUGGUCCUCCACCAUGCGUCCCCCCUAUGUCCUCCUGGGGACAGACCAACCCCUUCUCUGAUCCCUGGGCUCAACCAGCCUCACUGCUCUCUGCCUCCUCCCACAGUCCUGUAUCUGACCAUGGUGCAGUUGAAUCUGAAACGCCCACUCUGUCGCCUGCCCAGGCACGUUUGGACAGUGGCGCCCCUUCCUUUGCUCCUCAGUCAGAGGAAGAGCCCGUGCACCAUCAGUCAGUGAUGGAGAGCUCAGCCCCUGAGAAGGCUCACAGCCUCCUUUCUUCCCCAACUGUCGGCAUGUCCCAGCCCAGCACUCUGAGCGGCGCAGCUCUGGCCACCCAUAGCAGUAGCGAGACAAGCACCCCAGAGGAACUCCGUGAUUAUGACAGCAGCUCUGGAGUGGAGUCCCGCUCUGACAAACAACAAACUCCAGUGCCUGCUUCAGUCCAGCCUGACAUGGAGCAGGACUUGGGUAUUCACCUGGAGAAAGGCGAUGGAGAAGAGGAAGAGGCUGAGACACUCCCCGCCGAUGAGGUCCUAGGAACAGGACCCCCAACCGCUCCGGCGUCUGCCCCGUCUUCCCCCACAACCUCAGGAGAUGAGGCCAGCGACACAGAAGGUGAGAUGCAGAUAAACGACCCCGACGCACCGGUGAUGGAUCAGAGUGCUGGAUUCGAAAGCCCUACUCCCACCUGUAGUCUGCCCGCUCUUGAUGAAGAUGAAGAGGCAGUAGACACAGCAGCCGGAGAGGGCGACGAGGACGGAGGUGGGACCACCCCUCAGUCAGCCAACUCUGUGGCAUCUUACGGCUUCGACUGCACCACAUCCAACUCAAACGCCCACUCCAUGGCCGAGAGCUGCGGAAAGAGCCCGGGGAUCUUCUCCCUGGAGAACGAGGAACAGCUGCCAGAGGAGGCCAAGGACCCCUCCCUCAUCAAGGAGCUGACCCUGCCAUCAGCUGCUGCGGCUGCCCAGACGGAGGACCUGCUGGGCAGACACGUAGACCUGAUGCCUUUGGGCCACCCAGGGGAGCAUCAACCCAGUCUAGAUGAGUCCCACUACAUGCUGGGGGGAAAGAUUGCAGCAGAGCAUCUGGAGGAGGCUGAUCCGUUGGAGCCCGGUCACCACCUUGGGGCCCAGGAAUCUGGAGACACCAGUGACAACCAGCCACCCUACUACUCUACCAUAUGUGAUAAGACUGAUAGUUUUCUGGCAGGUAAUGUAUAAGUCCCUCCUUUAACCCUGGAAUGCACCUUUUCCCUGCAACCCUCCCCUUUACCUGUUGUUCGUUUUCUCUCCAGUUGGGUUAGACGGCUUAGAUGAAAAACAGGAGAACAAGAUUGUAGGAAAAGAUUUUAAAAAAAAAAUGAACAAAGGAGAUGGAAAAAAUGACUGUAGCAAUUUUUAAAUGAAGCCUCCCUCUUUCAUACUGUUGGUCGUGGUGAUGAGUGUAUGGCUUAAACUCCUUUAUGUACAAUAGCUACUACCAUUUUCUAGUAGAAUGUUCUUUUUAAGUAACACUGCAUAUUCUUAUGCCCCUGACGGGGUACUGACUGAUUGGUCCGACGUGACUGAGCUUUUAAACCGAAAAAAAGAAGAAAAAAAACAGAUGGAAAGAAAUGGACUCAUUGUGUAUUUAUCCUACUGUUUUUACCGAACAAAUGUCAAUGACUUUUUGUUUUUUUUGGUUUGUAUUUGCUUAUUUGUUGUUGUUUUUUUUUUUUGUUGGUUGUUUUCUGUUGAAACCUGGUCCUCCCUACCCCGUGUACACACGCUUCAUGUUCAACAGCACCAUAGCGAUAGUCAAAUGCUCCUUUUUAAAAGUUUGUGUUCUUGUUUCAAGACUUUUAGCUAUCAAAAUAAAGGCUAGAUAUUAACACGGCUGUUUGCCCUUACACAUUUGUUGAGGUAGGUAUGGGAGUAUUAGAUUGCAGUCGGUGAAGUUUUUAAUGUGUGCUUCGAGAGGUUCUACACUCUUCGCAUAGGUUGUUAAGGUAUAUAACGUGCAGUCACGUACAGUAUGUGUUUCAGGCAUUUGGUUUUAAGUGGCUAAGCUUCAAGCCUCAGUUAGCUGAUCAUUUGUGUUCCAGAGGAGUAACAGCUAGCCUUUUAUUUGUGAUGAGACACUGCAUUGUCCUACAUCGCUUUACACGCGCUGAAACCUUUUCAUAGUGGGCGUUUGGUUUACUAUUUCAACAGUAUAUUGCAUGUUUAACUAACAAAGACUGUGUACUACCUUGAAUUUGAAACAAUUCUACACUAGACAUGUUCAUAAAUGAAUGGUUCACACUAGGUUAUCUUUCAAAAUUCCAUUAAAACAUCAUUGCAAGGCA